GAUUCUAGAAAAGCAGAUCAGGAAGAAGUACUUACGGUUUGGAAGCUCUUGAGCGAAGGUGAAUGGGUUAUCAAGGCAGUGAAAAGUCCAGAGAACAGAGUGUAGAUAGAGCAACUUUCCUGCAAUAAAUGAAAGGCUGCCACAGUGGCUGCUCUCCCCUUCCUCUGAGGAGGCACCAAGGGCCUCGGAAGAAGGGGUCCCUGUGAUCUCAGUGGGGAUUGUUUGUGACUCCAUCCUCUCACCUAGCAGCCAGCGCCCUGGGCUGGGGAAGAUGAAGGUGUCCAUGGUGCUGUCUCUCAUUGGGUACCUGGUGGUUCCAAGUGACACUGCGGUUCUGGGGCGCUGCGUGGUGGCUAAGAAGCUCCAUGAUGGAGGCCUGAGUGAUUUUGAGGGCUACAGCCUUGAAAACUGGGUGUGCCUGGCUUAUUUUGAGAGCAAGUUCAACCCUAUGGCUGUCUAUGAAAACUCGCGCAGUGACUUCAUUGGCUAUGGCCUCUUUCAGAUCCGCAACCAUGACUGGUGUGACCACGGCAGGAACCGCUGCCACGUGUCUUGCUCCGCUUUACUGAAUCCAGAUUUAAAUAAGACAAUCGAAUGUGCCAAGACAAUUGUAAAAGGGAAAAGAGGGAUGGGAGCAUGGCCCUCUUGGACUCUCAACUGCCAGCACUCUGACACUCUGGCACGGUGGUUGGACGGAUGCAAGCUGUAGCUGCUGGGAAAGCCGCUGCCACACUUGCCGCUGGCAUCUUCCUAGUGGAGAUGCUGUCCUGCUUCACUGCCUUUACUCAUCCUGUUGAUUAUCCCACCGCGGGAUGCUCCAGAGGGGAGACGGCAAAAGUUUGCUUCAUUUGGGGAUGCAGGAUGCAGAAUAAACUGCUAGUUACUCAACCUGG